AUGCACAUCACACCGCAAUCGCUGCGGACCAUUGCCUGGUCGACCCUCGCUCUCUCCACAGCGCACGCCCAAUAUGUCAUAGACAACCUCAGCUUUGGCCAGAAAGCUGGCCAACAAAUCUCGCCCGAUUACACGACAGUCCCUCACUUCGUCAUCCAGGGCUCAGACGACUAUGUGCCCCAAAUUCUUUCCGACAGAAUUAUCCUAACACCUCCCUACCCUGGAGGCAAGCGUGGUUCGAUAUGGGCGCAGGACCCCCUACACCACAGCGGCGACUGGACGGCCGAGUUGGACUUCAGAGCGACUGGCAUGGAGCGUGGAGGCGGUAACCUGCAGUUGUGGUACAUCAAGGACUCACAAGCGCGGGAGACACCAGCGAGCCUGUACACGGCUCCCAAGUUUGACGGACUGGUACUCGUCAUAGACCAGUAUGAAGGACACGGCGGCUCUGUUCGCGGUUUCCUGAACGACGGGACCAAGGACAUCAGGGCUCACCCUGACCCUGACACAUUGGCCUUUGGCAGAUGCGAUUACGCAUACAGGAACCGUGGAGAGCUUACUCCUAUCAAAUUGCACCACGCAGAGGGUUUCUUAGAGGUCAUCGUAGACGGAGAAACCUGCUUCAAGACCAACAAGGUCGAUCUCCCUGAAGGCUACUACUUCGGUGUAAGCGCGUCCUCCGCCGAGAACCCCGACUCCUUCGAAGUCCACAAGUUCGUCGUCUCUACCACCAACUCGUACACGCGCGAAGAGCCCAACCUAAGCAAGAAAGACUACAUCAACUCCCAGCAACAACACCAACAACAGCAAAACCUCGCCGCCCAACAAGGCCAUGAGCAGCAGACACACAAGCAGAACCAAGGGCAGCAGAACUACGGUUCCUCCACCUCCCAGCAAGACAUCCCCAAGAUGCUCGAAGACGUCCUAGCAGGCAACAUCCGCUCGCAACAAGACCAAUUCGCCGACCUCCACAACCGCAUCCAGAUCAUCAACAACCGCGUCUAUGAAAUCGCAGAGACCGUUACACUCAUCCACAAGGAGAACAUGGAGCGCUGGGAGGAGCUCCAUCGCCGCAUCGUACCCAUGGAUGACCGCGCCGCGGCCACAAUCCGCAACAUGGAAAAGGUUGAGCGCACGACUAUGCAGAUACUGCGAGACAUCGAGAACAAGGAUUACAAGGACAUGAUGCAGCAAAUUCAUCACGCUCUGGACAGGAACCACGGACACGUCAUGUCGAGUUUGCCUGGCAUGAUGGGUGAUGUUGUCGGCAGCCACGGACCCAGCCUAAUGACCUUCUUUUUCAUCGCGGUCGCUGUUCAGAUUAUGAUCACUGGUGCUUACAUCGUCUACAAGAAGAGGCGAGGCGGCGCGCCCAAGAAAUACUUGUAA